UCUAUUGCGGAGAAUAACUACAACCUACAACUACAAAUGUAGGAGCAAUAUCAAACAAAGAGAAUUUGUUUUUCUUAUUUUCCGGUAAGGAGCAGCCUCAAACACAACCAGGUUAUAUAGAGAAAGAAUCUGCAAAAAUGUGGAUCCAACCCAAGGAGUUGCUGUUGCCUUCGGCAUUUUGGAUUGCCGAAAUGUACUCCAAAUAUUUUGUCCUACAAAAACGUCGCGGUCAUGGUGAAUCUCGAGGUUUUGGCUCCAUGCUUGUGGGCACAUUCGAUAGUGUUAUGAAUACCAAGCCAGCUCCAUAUCGUAUUCUACAUCAGACACCGUCCUCGGAAGUUUCUUACGAAAUUGCCAUUGGCAUUACACAGGAUGAGAUUGUUAAGGACUGGGAAUGGCUGCAAGCCAAUCUCUUUAAUGCACUCAACGAAAUGGAAAAUGAAGAUGAUGUCACAAAUUUUACUAUAUGCAAAAUUCAAUCACUUUAUGCACAAAACAAUCAAGAUGAUACAGGUGAAUCGGCUGAUUUUAAGGUGAUGACCUCACAAUUUCGACAAAUCUUCAAAAUGCCCGAAGAGGAGCGUCUGGUCAACUCAUAUUCAGCCACUUAUGUAAAGAACAAAAUACCACGACAGGGUCAACUUUAUAUAUCAAUGAAUCAUGUAUGUUUCUACUCAUAUAUGCUGGGUCAGGAGAUCAAGCGUAUUAUACGAUUUGCCGAAUUGGAGGAUAUUAGUCGAAAUGCAAAUAUCAUUUAUCUGAAGACUACCAAUAAUAUGACUUAUAAUUUUACAUUGCUCUUCAAUGCCAGUGAGGCACAUGUGCUGAUUGAGCAGUUAAAUAAAAUGGCAAUACAACAAUUGAUACAUGAUCCUGAAAGUCCUGUCGUUGAUCAUGAUCCAUCAAAUUUUGCUCGGCUUGGUGGCAAGGCAAAUUCGGCGUCCACAUCGAAGAAACCAGUUUUGUUGCGUGAUUUGACGGCCCGACAAAAGUCGGAGGAAUUUCGUGUACACUUUCGUUUGCCCCAGACAGAGAUUAUUGAUGGGAAAAUCAAGGCCAAUAUAUGGACACCAUAUUCAAAGCGUUUCAAUGCCGGGUAUAUAUAUCUAUCACCAAAUUUCUUAUGCUUUCGCAGUGAUGUCAAGGAUUUGGUUAGUGUAGUUAUACCCAUGAAAACCAUCAAGAGUGUGGAGAAAAAGGAUGAUGGCCAACAGCGUUUUGACAAUCAAAUUGUAAUUAUCACAUCGGAGAAUGUGCCUUUUGUAUUUGCCCAGAUCAUUGAUCGCGAGAUAUUGAUAUCAAAGAUUACCGAUUUGUUAUCCCGUAUACAUGUCCCUGUGAGUCGUGAACGUGCCAAAUAUGACAUUUCGUGGAGCAAACAAACCGCUUUAAUGAACACCUUCCGCACGAAAUUCAGUGAGGAAAUGCUAAAAAAGCAGGAAGAGAAAUUAGCCCGUUGGGAUUCACAUUUUCGUGAUUUUGGUCGUGGCAUUGGCAUGUUUCGUACAACAGAUGUGAUCAACCUAAUUGUUGAGGGCAUCCCCGAUAAGCUGCGACAAGAGAUAUGGUUAAUAUUCUCUGGGGCCAUUCACGACAAGGAGAUGAAUCCGGGCCUAUAUGAGGAUUUGGUUGAGAAGGCUGCCUGUAUUAAAUCUUGUUUCGCUCACGAUGACAUCGAUCGAGAUUUGCCACGCUCAUUGCCCGAACAUCCAGCAUUUCAGAGUCCCGAUGGCAUUGGAGCAUUACGGCGAGUCCUUCAAGCGUAUGCAUUGCGAAAUCCACAAGUUGGUUACUGUCAGGCCAUGAAUAUUGUUUCAUCGGUAUUUCUAUUGUUCUGUGAUGAGGAGAAUGCAUUCUGGAUGUUGGCCAGUUUGUGUGAGAACCUAUUGCCCGAUUACUACAAGGAUAAGGUGGUGGGUGCCCAAAUCGAUCAGGGUGUGCUCAAUGAGUUGGUCGAAACACAUUUGCCCGAUCUGCAUGAACAUUUAGAGCAAUUGGGUGUCAUCAAAAUGAUAUCCAUCUCCUGGUUCCUUACCAUAUUCAUCAGUGUCAUUAGCUAUGAGAGUUCCCUGCAUAUUUUAGAUUGCUUUUUCUAUGAGGGAGCCAAAAUCAUAUUUAUGAUUGCCCUGCAAAUCAUUGAAUGGAAUCGCGAGAAGCUUCUCAAAUGUCAUGACGAUGGUGAGGCUAUGUUAGUGCUGCAAACCUAUUUGGAGGGUAUCUACAAUCCAGAAUAUCAAGUGCCACCCUCAUCAGACAAGCGACGCAUGGAGCGUCCACAAACCCAGACUGUGCAAACGCUAAUCCAUGAGGCGUACACCAAAUUUGGUGAAGAACUGACCCAACAGCGUAUCGAAGAGUUGCGCAACAAGCAUCGCCGUCUAACCGUGCGACAAUUUGACUUGGAUAACGAGAAGACCAUUGUGAAGGGUCAUCUACAGAAUCCAUAUUUCGAUCGAAAGGAACUACAUAUGCUGCUCUCGAUCAUAAGGGAGGAGAAAAUGGUAUUGAAGUCGCUGCAACAGCAACACAAGCAACAGGGUGGCAACCAAUUGGGCGAGACGCCACAACUGCAACAUCAAUCACCCACAAGAUUGCCAAAUGAGCCGAUAAGUAGACAAGAGGCCUAUGCGGUUAAUUUUGAAAUAUUCCACACGCUCUUCACAGAGCUAACACCCUGGCGUAAAUGCGUCAGUGUGGAUAUAGGCGAAAAACUAUUUCGGUUGACUGACAAAAAAGGAACUGGUAGCUUGGAUUUUGGACAAUUAAUCAAUGCCCUGGGUUUAGUUUGCUCUCAAAGAUCCAUGGAGAAAUUAAAAUUAUUAUUUAUAUUGCAUUUGCCGCCAUUGCUAAGCAAAGCGGAAAUCGAAAGAUUACGUCGUCCACGUCCUAGAACCAAAGAUGAUGCCGAAGAAGCCAUUGAGGCUGAGGAUUUCUUUGAACCCUUUUUUAUCUUCUCCCGUUUCUUUAGGGACGAUGCCUCCGAAUCAAUAGAGGCUUUGCCUUCUCCCUCGGAUCACAAUUUUGAUGGCGAUGAUUAUGCCUUGAUAAGUGCCACACAACAUUUACAUAAUCUAGCUGGCAUUUCGGGCAAUACGUUUAUGGAUUUGUCACGCAACACACCAAAUCUCUCACUGAAUUCAAAUGGUAUUUGUGGUGGUGGUGGUGGUGGUGGUGGCGGUGGCGGUGGCGGUAGCAACUCAACCUUUUAUGUGGAUCUGCCAGGUGCAAAUAGAACAUCAGCAACAGAUCUAUUGGGGCUAGGCCAGCAAGGACGUUACGAAUCGAUUGACACAUUUUCGGAUAUUUCAGAUUUGGGAGCUAACCGUUUAACGCCACCAACAAUGGACAAUGUGGCAGCUACUGCCGCUGCCGCUGCUUCUGGUGGUGCUGGUGCUGCAGCUGGAGCAGAUCCUUUACUAUUGAAUGUUGAGACAAUAUCGAAUUUCUCUCAGAUCAGUGAUCUAGUGGCUGCCACCCGAUUAGAGAGGGCCGAUUCCAAUGCCACCGAUUCACGUAGCUUGGGCAGUUUGGGUUAUCUGCUGGAUCAGCCCGAUGAGGCCACCGGCGGUAGCCUGCAACAGCACAUUCCCCAUAUGCGUAAAGAGAAUUUCCAUUUGUUAUGGCGUAGCAUUAUCGAGAUAUUGGGAUGUGUACAAGAUGAGGAAAUGCGACGGGCACAUGAAAAUCUUUUGGAAAUGGGCAAUAGUAAUAUUAAAAAGGAACCAAGUUUGGAAAGUUUCACCCAACUAAAUAUGGGCGGUAGUGGCGAUGAGCAACCCGAUAGCAAUGGUAAUCCGACUACACCGGCUGCCGAAUCUUCAAACACAACUCGCCUGUUUGUAGCCCUUGAGGAGGAACUGCGUCAAGCGGGCGGUGCAAGCACCAGAAGUAACAGUUCUACUACCACCAAUAUAUACGAAUCUUGGCAUAUAUCAAUCAAUCAGUUUAUUGAGACUGUUCUGACUGUGAAUGCCAUACAAAAAGGUUUCCAAGUGCCCAUACAAAUUGUGGAGCAAAUCGAGCAACUGCAAAAGAAGCGACGCAAAUGCCUCUCCACCAAUUAUUAAGCACUCAAAUAUCUCCCACUAUCGGUAUUAGUUCUAAUCUCCAAACUAACCCAGCUCCUCUCCUUGGGCAAUGCGAUUUCAUAUAUACAUAUAAAAAUUUUUCUUUUUUUUUAUUAAAUCGUAUCCAUGUUUUAUUGUAUAUGUCUAUGUAAUUAGAUAAGACAAUUGUUUUUGUGAAUAUAAUUCCAAUUAUUCCUAUCUAUAUAUAUAUGUAAAA